AUGGGUACGUUUGUCUUGAAUCUGUCCAGUUGCAUAGUUUCCCGUGAUCAGAUUGUUAACAUACAUCCAGCGUCCCAAGAGCGUUAUGACGAAAAGGUCGAGAUUCCCGCCAUAGAGGAAACGUCGCCUGCUGCGGGAGAGUACGAGGAGAACGAGCCCACCGAGGAAGAGUUGGCGACCCUGCGACGUGUGCCGGGGAAUCUCCCCCUGGUAGCCUAUCUCAUCUGUGCGGUCGAGUUCUCCGAGCGAGCUUCGUACUUGGGCGUUUCGGGCCUCAUCUCCAACUUCGUCAAUCGUCCAUUACCCGUCGGUGGCAAUGGCUACGGUGCACCCCCACAGGGAACACAACAGACGGCUGGCGCCCUGGGCAUGGGCACUGUGAAGGCAAACGCCGUCAACCAGUCGUUCAGUAUGCUGGCGUAUGUCCUUCCCAUGCUGUUCGGUUAUCUAGCCGACGCUCAUACGGGCCGCUUUAAGAUGAUCUUCUGGGGUGUCUUCGUCUUUGGUGUCGCCCAUGUCCUAAUGGUUGGGGCGGCCGCCCCAGCACUACUUGCCAAUGGAGGUGCUAAAGCGCCUUUCUUCAUUUCUUUAUAUAUGUUGUCGGUCGGUGCGGCCAUGUUCAAGCCCAAUGUCUCCCCCCUGCUGUUGGAUCAGAUGCCCACGACGAAGGCAAGGACCAAGCUGCUGUCCAGUGGCGAGAAGGUUAUCGUCGACCCUGAGGUCACGACGGAGCGUGCGAUGUUGUGGUUCUAUCUUCUUAUCAACAUCGGUGGCUUCAUGCAGGUCGCGACCUCCUAUGCUGAGAAAUACGUCGGGUGGUGGUUGGCCUUUAUCCUGCCGCUAUUUUUGUAUCUUCCGCUUCCUGCCCUCCUGUUCUGGCUGCGGAAACGUCUUGUUUUACACCCUCCCGGUGGCAGCGACCUGCUCAAUGUCGUUCGUGUACUGCGCAUCUGCCUUGCUCGUGGCGGCGUGUUGCGCAUUGGACGCCAUGGCUUCUGGGAUGCGGCCAAGCCGUCAGUAAUCGCAGCCAAGGGCCAGGGUUUCACGACUCAUUGGAACGACCAAUUUGUUGAGGACGUCCGCCGCGCAUUCCAGGCGACAGGAAUCUUUUGCUUCUUCCCAAUCCAGUUCCUCAAUGACAACGGGUUGGGUAACGCGGCAAGCUUUUUGUCCACCAUGUUGACGACGAACGGCGUGCCAAACGAUGUUAUUAGCAACUUCAACGCUCUUAGUAUCAUCGUGGGCGCCCCGGUCCUCAACUACAUGCUCUACCCGUUGCUUCGUCGUCUCCACAUUCGAUAUGGCCCUGUGGCUCGGAUCACGACGGGACUGGCCUUGUCUUCCAUAGGCGGCGUCGGCUACACGGUGCUCAACUACUACGCCUACAAGCUCGGACCUUGUGGCAAGUACGGUUCUUCCGACACAUGCGUGGAUGCGGACGGAGUUUCAUUGGUGGCACCGAUCAGCAUUUGGUGGAUGGCCAUACCAUAUGCACUGGGUGGUAUCUCCGAACUGCUCGCAUGCUCCGCCGUUGUCAGGGAUCCUUACCUGACCUGGGUAUUCGGCGGUCCCUCAAUCGUGGGUGGUGUUCUCACUGUGAUUUUCUACUUCAUGUUCCGCCAUAUUGACAAGGAAGAAUACAUGCUAAGCGAGGAUGCCGAGCGCGUUCUAGAGCUUGAGGGUACUGGAAACACGUUCACCGAAAACUCCUAUAACAAAACAACCAACCCAACACCUGCGAUUGCCGAAAAUGAAGAGUUUGGGAUCUCGCCAAAACAGUGA